CCAACCAUCACGAUCCAGAUCUUUCCGUCUCUGCGUCAAGGUGCAUCUAAUCUCCAUCGUUGUACCAGGAAGCACAUAUCAGAAGGUGUUUCAGAACUCCUGGGUCUUUCGGUAUCUGCUUGCUCUGGAUCAUGUCUUCCCCAAGAGAGAGAGUGUAUCAUCAAUGAGCUAAGCCACAUCUCACGCCCCUCACGCCUCUCUCAAGUCCUCCCUCUUCCUCACUGCGGCUGCGACAACAAAAAGUCUCGCCAAAAAUGUGGCUCCUUGAGACUGACGGUAACGCCUUCGGAGGCAAGAAGCUUUGGCUGCGCCCAGGGAAGCGGUAUCUAUUUGGCAGGACCCCCAUGGAAGCUGGCCAGAUUUGCAUUCCGCACAAGACCAUUUCAAGAAAGCACCUUACCAUCGAGAUUGCCGAGGUCCUCCAGGGACAAGGUGCGGAUCCUCGAAGCCGCUCUACCGUCACUCUUGAGGAUCUCAAGACAAAGCUCGGGACACAGAUCAAUGGGAGGUCGAUCAAAGGCGAGCAGUUGAUCUUGAGUGAGGAUAACAACACAAUCAAGCUGGGGGACUGUGACGACCUGUUCCGUAUCAAGUGGAAUCCUGUCGUCAUCAGCUUCUCACUGUCCAAGGCCGAGAUCGAGCAAGGCGCCAUGGCUCUCAUACAAGAGACGCUCGAGCCCAUUGAUAUCAAGUAUACUACCGACAAUCGCCUGGUGGACGUAACAUAUGUUGUCAGCAAGAGGCGGAAUACAUCAAGAGUACUUCAGGCUCUCAUCAAUGGACAGCUCGUUGUCAACCAGACCUUCACAGAUGCGAUUGCUCACGCUGUUCAACCGGAACUCAACGACAGCAACGGUGCCGAGACAUGCCGGCUGGAAAAGGAUUUCGAGGGCAACUGGCCGGAUGCGACCAAGUACUUGCCGCCCAGAACUGAUGGUCCCGGCGCUGAUCAGCCAGACGCGGCUUUCGCACCUGAUGAGCGAAGAAAGGAAAUCUUUGACGGGUACACCUUUGUCUUUUACGAGCGCAAGCGCUAUGAGGAACUGCUUCCGGUCCUCACGAGUGCAAAAGGAAAAGCCCUCCUGAGAGAGGUUUUUCCAGGGAAGACAGAUAUAAACGAUUUCAUUCGCUAUGUGAAAGGGAUUGCUGGAGAGAAGGGCUUGGGCGAGUUUGAAGACGGUAGCGAAGGGAGAGGAGUGGUUGUCGUGAGAUAUGUGCCACCUGGGGAGGAUGCAGACGCAGGGUGGUUCCUGAGCUUUUACAACCAGGUGGCACUUCGGCUGGAUCACCGGCCCAUUGAAUCGCGCGACCUGCUCCCUGCCAUACUUGAUGUCGAGCCUGCGCAGUUGAGAAGGCCUCUUGAGGUGGAAUCCACUCCUCGGGAGUCAGAUAAUGCCAUGAACAUUGACAACCCCCCAGAGGAUGCCACAGUAGUCGAGUCGUCCCCGCCUCCGCCACCACGACCUGCUCGGAGGGGUCGCCAACGACCUGCACCCAAAAGCAGAUUCAAGAGUUUCAAUGUCGAUCCGGACAGUGACAAUGAUGACGGGCCAGCAGAGAUUCAACAACAACAACCACAAUCAAACGCUCCUGUGCGGGAAGAAUCGCAGGGCAUGUUCAUGACGCAGCCAGACGAUGUCAGCGGUCCCCUACAACCAUUAGCGACGGCAUUGGCCUCGCAGCGAAAGCGCCAUGCCACAGAGCGCGAUAUCAUGGAAGAGGUGGCGCCGACAGCUGCACGGAUCAAACGGUUGCGCUUGGAAGGGGGUGAGGAUCCUCUGCCGGCAGUAGAAACGACCGCUCCAACAGCCGAGGCGCAAGAGUCUCCACCUCGUAGAGGAGGCAAGACCAAGACCCAGGCGACAGUCAAGACCACAAAGGGUCGCAAAUCCAAGAAGACUGCCGAGGAGUCUGGUGACGAGCUUCUCGACCAGUUCAUCCAAGCCGGUCAGGAAGAAGAAGCGCAGAGACAGGCCGAGGAUGAGCUUCUCCGCCGCCAGCUCAACGAGGGCGAGAUUGACUUCAGGGAUAUUAGAGAUUCCAUGACAGUGCAGCCCAUAGAGAUCAGACGACGACAGGGCCAGGACGCCGAAGAGGAAAGGAGAUGGGACCCGAGAUGGAACGGGCUCAAGAACUUUAAAAAAUUCCGGAAGCAGGGAGACAGGCAAGUCCGUCCGCAGGCCAAAGUUAUCAUCUCACUCGAGCCCGUCAGGAUGAAGGAGUACGGUAUUGGUGACGACUACUGGCUGCAGAAUCCGCAGAAGCAGCAGAAGAAGGGCAACACACAGAGCCAGCGCGUCUCACAGAGGCAGGGUGAGACCCAAGCCAGGACCACCAGAGGUCAGGUGGGCAGUGCAACUCAACAGAGCGUAGUGAUUGGCAGCGACAGUGAGGCGGAGGAGGAGGAUACUGGAGUGAACGACGUUGAUGCGUCCUCCUUACCGGACGUGAUGGAGAUGGAGUCUGCCAGGCCGGCCCGGUCACGAAAGGGCAAGGCAGCUUCGCGGGCGGGGACACAACAAAGCCAGAUGGGCCGGAAGCAGACGCGUGCGUCCACGCAGGCGGCUACGGGCAAGCGAGCGGCGCUGGAAGCACCCGCCGCGGAGAAGCCGGCCAAGAGGCGUGCGAGCCGGGUGACCAGGACCACACAGCAAGACAGCGAUGAGGACGAGGACAGUGAGGACGGGGGUCUGAGCUUCAGGUUUGGCAAGCGCAAGUAGACAGACCCUCCCCAAAGACACGAUCGUGCGGGGCGCAUCUCGCAAAGAGGGAGGUUGGAGGGAGCGAACUUCUCUGGCUCUCAAAAGGGAUAGUGGGUAUCUUCUUGCUUCAGUCAACCGUAGCCGUACAGGUGGCCUCUAUCUGAAUACCUAUCGUUAGCUGGUGCUGUGUAGCUUAGCGUCUAUGAUGCAUAUAUCUAAAAUCUAUUGACCACCAUG